AUGAAAGCCAGAAGUGGUUGUUCCUAAUUUCCAACUCUCUUUCAAAUAUCCACCUACAUCCUCUUCAUUUUAAAUGCCGUCCUUAUAUUCAUACACACAUUCGCUCUUGAAGAAAAUAUUGUACAUUACAUAAUUUUCUCAUUUUUGGUAUGGAUUUCUAUUUAUUUUUGUAUAAAAACCACUAUCAGUGAUCCAACUGAUAGUUUUGUCAUUUAAUAAUAAAAUAAUAGAGGGGAAUUCUUCGAUUAUGAGGACCAACAACUCAACCAAUUUUGUGAACUUUGCUUUGCCUAUGUUAAAGACACGACAAAACAUUGUAAAUCAUGUGACAGGUGUUGCGAAGAUUUUGACCAUCAUUGUAGGUGGAUAAACAAUUGCAUAGGGGGAAAAAAUUAUAAACCAUUUAUAGGUAUGAUUGUAUCUGUCUUCCUCCUCCUCUUAUAUUCUAUUGUUGUCAAUGGGAGAGUGAUAAAUCAAUAUCAUGAAGAGGAACUAUAAACAUCAACUUUCUACUCAAAACAUGCAUAGCUAAUACUAAUUAUAACAGUUAUUUUUUUAGUACUUGAAAUAGUCGGAUUCGUCUUCCUAUUACAAUUGAUUGCACUUCAUGCAUACAUUUAUAAAAAAGGGAUGACAACAUAUGACUUCAUAGUUAGUAGGAGAAAGAAAAAGGUUGAGCCUUCUAAUUAAUCAGAAAUCAAUCGUGACAAUAACCAGGAAAAUAAAAUCAAAAAUAUUAAAGACAGUAAAGAAUAGGAUAACAAACCUGUAAUAUAAAAAAAAGAGGAUGGAAAAUAAGGAAGCAAAACUUAUACUCAUCCUGAAAUCAUAAAGAAUGAAGGAUCACUUUGUUCAUCUAAAAAAGCCAAAUAAACUGUAUUAUAGAAACGGAAAUUGACUUAGGACGGCAGCGAUGAAUAUCAAAAGGAAAGUUUCGUCAAUUUCUUUACUUAACGACAUUAAACUAAUAUAGAAUUUCAAUUAUAAAAUCGCAAAACCAAUAAUAUCGAGGCGACGACACCAGAAUUAGCCAAAUUAUAAUGA